AUGUGUGCAGAUGUAGUAGGAGACAGGGUAUAUCUUAAGGUGUGGCCAAUGAAAGGAGUGGUCCAUUUUGGUGAAAGAGGGAAGCUAAGUCCUCGGUAUGUAGGACCCUAUGAAAUGAUAGAAUGGACUAGGCGUGUGGCUUAUCGUCUGGAUCUACUAGCAGAAAUGCAGGGCAUACAUGGCCUAUUUCAUGUAUCUUCUCUGAAAAAGAGAUUCAAAGAACGACGACUAGUAAUAAUGGAGCCAAGCAGUAUUAAGUUCCAGUCGAACCUAUCUUAUGAGGAGUGGCCUGUGCAGAUUGUAGAUCGGAAGGAACAAGAGUUGAGGAUUCGGAAGAUACCUCUGGUCAAGGUACCUUGGAACAAUAUGAACUUCCAAGAAGCCACCUGGAAAAGAGAGGACUCGUUGAAGACUAAAUACCUUCAUUUAUUUGUAUCUUAG